AUGAAGCUGGACGGCUAGCAGCAAGGAUCCUGAGCCCUCACUGAGAAAGGAGCUGAGAUGGGGUUCUUCCUCUUCAUGCUAUUGAUUUUGGUGCUACACGCUGAGGCCUGGCCAGACCUGGGGCAAUCCAAACAGAGUGCCCAGAAGUGUGUCAGAUGCUGCAGCCCUACGGGACCCCCUGCUGCUGUCCCUGCCCCUUCCAGUAGGAUGAGUAACUAUCCCUCAUGGGUGAUGCCCCGGCUGCAACCCACCAUUGACAUCACCAUUCUUAAAGGAGAGAAAGGUGAAUCAGGAGAAAAAGGACAAUCUGGAGUGAGUGGGAAGGAGGGGAUACCUGGCCAAAGAGGGUACAGAGGACGGAAAGGCCAGAAAGGACAAAUCGGCCUGCCGGGAAAUUCCUGCAAGCACGUCUAUGAAGCCUUCUCAGUGGGCCGGAAAAAAGUCCUCCACAGUAAUGACUACUUCCAAGAUGUCACAUUUGACACGGAAUUUGUGAAUCUCUACAAGCAUUUUAACAUGUUCACGGGGCGGUUUUCCUGCUAUGUGGCCGGCGUCUACUUCUUCAACCUAAAUGUGCACACCUGGAACUUCAAGGAGACUUACCUGCACCUGAUGAGGAACGACCAGGAGGCAGCCAUCCUGUACACACAGCCCAGCGACCGGAGCAUCAUGCAGAGCCAGAGCCUCAUGCUGGACCUGGAGGAGGGAGACGAGGUCUGGGUGCGGAUGUUCAAGCGAGAACGAGAGAACGCCAUCUACAGUGAGGAAUCGGACAUCUACAUCACCUUCAACGGCCACCUGAUUAAACCUGCUGAUGACUAG